AUGUUGACGAGUAGAGAUCCACCUUUCCAAAUCUAACCAUCAGUAACGAAUAUCAGACCUCCGAUCCACUUCUUCGCUUUCGCCAUAGACUCCUCCAACCUCUCUCUGUGCUCCACAGAUUUUGGGGCAUCGAUUCACAGAUCGGAGAGUUCUCUUCCUUUUCAAGCUUUUCGGCGGUAUUGCGAGGGAAAAGGUGAGCUGCUUUGUUAGAUCUACGCGCCAUUCAGCAACCCAGCAAGAAUGGAGAAAUCUUGUCCACUACUCAUUCACUUUGACAAAGGAACACCAGCUAUUGCAAAUGAAAUCAAGGAAGCUCUUGAAGGCAAUGAUGUGCCUGCAAAGAUUGAUGCAAUGAAAAAGGCAAUUAUGUUGUUACUGAAUGGUGAAACAUUACCUCAGCUUUUCAUCACGAUAGUUAGGUAUGUUUUACCUUCUGAUGAUCACACUGUCCAAAAGCUUUUGCUCAAUUACUUGGAGAUCAUUGAGAAAACCGACUCCAAGGGGAGAGUCUUACCUGAAAUGAUCCUGAUAUGCCAAAAUUUGAGGAACAAUUUACAACAUCCAAAUGAAUAUAUUCGUGGGGUGACAUUGAGGUUUCUUUGCCGCCUGAAUGAGACAGAAAUAAUUGAACCGUUAAUCCCUUCAGUUUUGCAAAACUUGGAGCAUCGACAUCCUUAUAUCAGAAGGAGUGCUAUAUUAGCUGUGAUGUCUAUAUAUAAGCUUCCUCAAGGUGAACAGAUUUUGGUAGAUGCGCCUGAAAUGAUUGAGAAAGUUCUUUCAACAGAGCAGGAUCAAUCAGCCAAGAGGAAUGCAUUUCUCAUGCUCUUUAAUUGUGCCCAGGAUCGAGCUAUCAACUACCUCUUGACUCAUGUUGACAGGGUAGCUGAAUGGGGUGAAUUGCUUCAAAUGGUUGUGUUGGAGUUAAUUCGGAAAGUGUGCAGAACAAAUCGGGGAGAGAAGGGGAAGUAUAUUAAAAUCAUCAUUUCUUUGUUGAAUGCCCCAUCAAGUGCAGUAAUUUACGAAUGUGCUGGUACACUUGUCUCUCUUUCAUCGGCCCCUACAGCUAUAAGAGCUGCUGCUAACACAUAUUGUCAGCUUCUCCAUUCUCAGAGUGAUAACAAUGUGAAGCUUAUUGUGCUUGAUCGGCUGAAUGAGCUCAAGUCUUCCCAUAGAGAGAUUAUGGUUGAUAUGAUAAUGGAUGUGCUUAGGGAACUCUCCAGCCCUAAUCUUGACAUCAGGAGAAAGACACUUGAUAUUGUUCUUGAGUUGAUAACUCCUCGGAACAUUAAUGAAGUCGUCCUCACGCUAAAGAAGGAAGUGGUUAAGACUCAGAGUGGAGAGCUUGAGAAGAAUGGUGAAUAUCGGCAGAUGUUGAUUCAAGCGAUUCAUUCCUGUGCAAUUAAGUUCCCUGAAGUUGCAAGCACAGUUGUUCAUAUUUUGAUGGAUUUCUUGGGAGAUAGCAAUGUCGCUUCAGCUGUUGAUGUGGCCGUUUUUGUCCGAGAGAUUAUUGAAACCAACUCUAAAUUGAGGGUUUCCAUAAUAACAAGGUUGCUGGACACUUUCUACCAAAUUCGAGCUGCCCGGGUUUGCUCUUGUGCUCUUUGGAUAAUCGGAGAGCAUUGCUUGUCCCUUUCAGAAGUUGAAAGUGGCCUAGCAACUAUUAAGCAGUGUCUUGGGGAGUUACCCUUUUUCUCCAUGUCAGAAGAAGGGGAAGCUACUGAUUCUACAAAAAAGGUUCAGCCUGUGAAUUCCAUGGCUGUUUCUUCUAGAAGGCCAGCUAUUCUUGCUGAUGGGACUUAUGCUACACAAAGUGCUGCCUCUGAAAGUGCUUUCUCCCCUCCUACUAUUGUUCAGGGGUCCUUGGCUUCUGGGAAUUUGAGAUCCCUUCUUCUAACUGGCGAUUUUUUCCUGGGGGCAGUUGUGUCGUGCACUUUGACAAAACUUUUACUGAGAUUGGAAGAGGUGCAGCCUUCAAAAGUUGAAGUAAAUAAAGCAACCUCUCAGGCACUGCUGAUCAUGGCCUCCAUGCUGCAAUUAGGUCAAUCUCCAGUUCUUCCGCACCCUAUUGAUAAUGACUCCUAUGAUAGGAUUGUCCUGUGCAUCCGACUUCUAUGCAACACCGGCGAUGAGAUUAGGAAAAUAUGGUUGCAGUCUUGCCGCCAGAGUUUUGUAAAGAUGCUAUCAGAAAAGCAGUUACGUGAAACUGAGGAAUUAAAGGCGAAGGCUCAAGUUUCUUAUGCUCAACCGGACGACCUUAUUGAUUUCUACCAUUUAAAGAGCAGGAAGGGUAUGAGUCAGCUGGAGUUGGAAGAUGAGGUUCAAGAUGAUUUAAAGCGUGCGACUGGAGAGUUUGUCAAGGAUGGGGAUGAUGCAAAUAAGCUUAACCGCAUCCUGCAGCUCACCGGGUUCAGUGACCCCGUAUAUGCUGAAGCUUAUGUAACAGUGCAUCACUAUGACAUAGUGUUAGAUGUCACUGUUAUCAAUAGAACCAAGGAAACACUCCAGAAUUUAUGUUUGGAAUUAGCAACAAUGGGAGAUCUGAAACUCGUUGAGCGUCCACAGAAUUACACCCUUGCUCCCGAAUCAAGCAAGCAAAUAAAGGCCAACAUCAAGGUGUCUUCAACUGAGACUGGAGUCAUUUUUGGAAAUAUUGUCUAUGAGACUUCAAAUGUGCACGAGCGAACAGUUGUUGUUCUCAAUGACAUCCAUAUUGAUAUUAUGGACUAUAUCUCUCCUGCCGUUUGCAGUGAUGCAGCUUUCAGAACCAUGUGGGCAGAGUUUGAGUGGGAAAACAAGGUUGCCGUUAACACUGUAAUUCAGGAUGAGAAAGAAUUCCUUGGCCAUAUUAUUAAAUCCACAAACAUGAAGUGUCUAACAGCACCGUCCGCCCUAGAUGGUGAGUGUGGAUUCCUUGCAGCUAACCUCUAUGCGAAGAGUGUCUUUGGCGAGGAUGCCUUGGUAAAUGUCAGUAUUGAGAAACAGGUGGAUGGGAAGUUGAACGGGUAUAUCAGGAUAAGAAGCAAAACCCAGGGUAUUGCUUUAAGUCUCGGUGACAAGAUAACUCUAAAACAAAAGGGAAGCAGUUGAUACCGAAAUCACAGCUUCAUUUUAUUAUUCUUUACCAUAAAGGUUCCUCAUGUUUAAAUUGAGAGAUUGCUGGCAUUUUGAAGAUCACUCUUUACCUAAAGCAGGUAGUGACAUUGUGGAGAUGGCCUUGGUGUAGUUGCAGGGAUUCUUUUACAGUUAAAAGCGCAUAGAAGGAUCAUCGGAUUCCUACAUUUUGACUUUGUUUAAAACAGUAUUUUGCUUUAAUUUUCUUAUACCACCAUUGAAUGUAAGCUUUGUUGAGCAUGUUAUUGGUAACACUCAGAUGUUUAUGUUUGAAUGACGCGGCAACUUCAAUUUUGAUGUCCAUUUCUGGUUUUAA